AUGGAUAAACAAAUUUUAAGGAAAUUUCUAAAAGCUGGGUUUAUGAAAAAGCAAAAGUUAUACCCUACAGAGCUUGGAACCGAGCAAGGUAGUACUCUAGCAAUAAUGGCAUUAUCAGGUAUUGAACGGAAAGUAAGAAGCAGUAGACAAAGAGCUAAAGAACAAAUUAGUUUUGUCUCUUACGCAGACGACUUCAUUAAUACAGGAAAUUCACCAGAACUGUUAAAAGGUUUUAGUGUACGUAAGUAUAAAGGAAAACUAAUAAUAAAACCUGCAAAGGAAAAUAUUAAAACAUUCCUACGGGAUAUAAGGAGUACAAUUAAAGCUAAUUACUCAGCAAAAACAGAAAAUUUGAUAAACCUAUUAAACCCUAAAAUUAGGGGAUGGGCUAAUUAUUUCUGCAGUGCUGUGUCAUCAAAAGCAUUUUCAUACGUUGAUAAUAUGAUAUACAGAAUGAUUAAGUCAUGGUUAUUACGAAGGCACUCUGAUAAAAGUAAGUCUUGGAUUAUCAAGAAAUACUAUAUUAGACGUGGUCUAAGUAAAUGGAAUUUUCAUGCAAUGGUAAAAGAUAAGAAAGGGAAUAAAAUUCCAUUUUAUCUUUACCAAGCAUGCAAAACUCCGAUAGCAAGACACAUCAAGAUCAAAGACGAAGCUCAUCCGUUUAAUCAAAAAUUUAAAGACUAUUUUAAACUAAGGGAUAAAAAAAAACCAGAUGACAAAUCACGUGAUGUAUUUAUACAUAUAUCAGCAUUAGAGCAAGCAGAGUUAAGAGAUUUAAAUGAAGGGCAAAAAAUUAAAUAUAACACAGAAUCUCACCAAGGCAAAAUAUCAGCAACUGAUAUAAGUUUAGUAUAG